GGCGUCAAUCGAACAAAACCAAAGCAUUGACAAAGAAAUGAAAAUAGAUCCCCUACAACUGAUAAAUACAGUAUGCAGAAAGAGACUUGGCCCAUUGUGUCAGAAUGCAAUAGCUUUUAUGUAUUCAUCAUUUUGGUAAAUACUUUGUAGACGAACAAAGACCUCCAGUAUCCACAAAUAUAAUGUUGCAUUCCGAGAACUGUCAAGGUACUAAUGAAAUUGAAGUCGCUAAUUAAAAUGAAAACAUAAAAUUAGUUUAAAAAUCCGCAAUACACUUUUGGCGAAUUGCUUCGUAUUGGGAGUAACUAAGGUAGUGACAUGUUGCACAUAGAGUGGAGAUAAAGAUUCCCUUUUUUUUUUUUCCUUACUUGAUCAGCAUGUUUGGUUUAUAUCAUAAAGUGCUUACCAAAAGACCUAUUCUUGUCCAAAGUCUUUCAACAGCUGUCUUGUUUGGUGCAGGCGAUGUCAUUGCACAACAACUUGUUGAAAAACAAGGCUGGGAAAACCAUGAUAUGAAAAGAACAUUGCGAAUGACAGCAUUUGGUGGUGUCUUUGCAGGACCUGUUCUUAGUCAAUGGUAUCGUUUUGUAGAUAGAAAAGUGACUAUCAAGAGUCCUGCUCAAGGUCUUUUUGUUAAGGUAGCAUUGGAUCAAUUCUGUUUUGCUCCCUUUUUCAUAGCAGCCUUCUUUACUGGACAAGGCUUGUUUGAAGGUAAAUCGAUUCGGGAUAUCAAGGACAAAUUAGCGAGUGGCUAUACAACAGCACUGGUUGGCAAUUACAAGAUUUGGCCUGCAGUUCAGAUUGUCAACUUUUAUUUUACACCAUUGAAUUAUCGUUUGAUGGUAACCAAUGUAGUAGCCUUGGGUUGGAAUGCGUAUCUCUCUACUGUGAACCAAAAAAGCAACUAAUUGGAAGGCAUUUCAGCAAUGCCCGUGCCAUUGAUUUCUGGCACACCCACUUUAC